AUGAUGAUGGUUCCUUCGGGGGAAAAUCCUGGGGAGGCCGCCCCCGAACCAUCCACUUCAUCCACGUGGAGUGGGUCGUGGAUUGAAAGGUGGCUUAAUGGAGAAGGUACUUCAUCGGCCCGAAACGAGGGGGGACACGAGGCCACAAGUCAACAACCGGUGGAGCCUGCCCCCGUACCUGCCCACGUACCUGCCCACGUACCGGCUCCCAUACAACCAGUUGAUGACACAGGGGAACCUUACAAUCAACAAAAUUCUUAUUGGUACACUCGUAGAAUAAUCGAGGAUUACUUAAAAGCCGAUAUGGAUACAAACUUCCCCAGAAAACCUUCUGACAGUAAGUAUCGGCGAGUCUUCGAGCUGGUUGUUGGGCCUAAUUAUAAAAGUAAAACAAAACUCGUUGAAGUAUUGGCGGAUAUAGCCAACAACCCACAAAAUAAUGGUACAAUAGAAAGAGCGCGAAAGAUCAUGGAUUCAAUUUAUCAGCAGCGGAUUAAAGACCGUGACCUUGACGACUAUCAGUUUGAAGAAUAA